CCAGCACGGCUGCCUGCCUCCUCCACAUCCCGUCACGAAGAGAAGCCUAUUGUGUCGGGCCCAGGGAGUUGGAGUUGAAGUGCCCGGGGUCCGCGCCUCUGACUGCUCUGAGCUACUUCCCCAUUGGCUCCCAGCAGCUUGUGCUCCGCACGGGCUCAGCGGCAGGGGGAGGCGGUAGUCCAUAAAAGGGGGGGCGAGGCACCAGAACUGCCAUUCCGAGGGGCUUCGGUGGCGCCUCCUGCCGAGCCGGAGUCAGGCAGGCCCCUGAGUCUUGGACCGGCCACCUGCCACCACCCCUCCAACCUGCUGGGCCGGAGGCUGCUCAGGGGCAAAGAAGAGCACAGGUCAUUUAUCUCCAGGCUUUGAGAUCUGCGUGGGGGAGCUGUUGCAGCAGCCCAAGCGGGAAAGCUGAGACAGAAUGGCGUGGCAGGGGCUGCUGCUGGCCGCUGGCCUCCUUGUGCUUCCCUCUGCUGCAGCGGACUGUGUGUCCCAGUGCGCCCUGUGUGCUGUGAAGACCCAGCAUGGGCCCAAACCCAUCGACCCGCUGAUUUGCUCCCUGGAAUGCCAGGCCACUCUGCUACCUGCUGAGGAGUGGGAGAGAUGCCAGGGACUUCUGUCUUUUUCUGCCCCCUUUACCCUUGGGCUCAAUGGCAAGGAAGACUUGGAAGAGCCCUAUAGCGAGCUGGCCAAGCGCUCUGGUCCCUUCUUGAAGGAGCUUGAGAAAAACAGACUCCUUCUUAGCACCCCAGCAGAGGAGAAUGCUCUGAGCAGGUGCCUGGCAGAGAAGCUCAGGGGUCUCUCUGGUAGGUUGGGGGAGGGAGCAGAGUCUGAGCUGAUGGGCGCCCCCCAGCCGAAAGCUGGUGCCAUGGAUGUUGGGGCCCUGGAUUCCGAGGAGGAGGACCCCAAGGAGCAGGUCAAACGCUAUGGGGGCUUCUUGCGCAAGUACCCCAAGAGGAGCUCAGAGGUGGCUGGGGAGGGGGAGGGGGAUCAGGAGGGCCACGAGGACCUGUACAAACGCUAUGGGGGCUUCCUGAGGCGCAUCCGUCCCAAGCUCAAGUGGGACAACCAGAAGCGUUAUGGCGGUUUUCUCCGGCGCCAGUUCAAGGUGGUAACUCGGUCUCAGGAAGACCCCAAUGCCUACUCUGGAGAGCUUCUUGAUGUGUAACCGCCCCUCCAACAUGGAGUUGAGUCAAGAGCUCCCCCUGACACCCUUCCAUGUUGGAGUGUCCCCAUUCAUCCUCCCUUAUGUCCCCUGUUCCCACGCCCAGUUCAGCCUUGUCUAAAAUAUAUCCAAACCUAGCCUGACUUUUCUCUUCUGCCUGGGGUGCAGUGUCUGGGGCCAGUGAGGGGGAGGGAUGGAGGUUCACCCCUCCAAUAGGUUUAGUGUUGCCUCAGAUCUUAGAGCUCUAGAACUAGUGCCAGCAGCAGCUUUUGACAUCACUCCCUUCACCCCUUUCAUGUGACUCCCCAGUUCCAGGAAUCCAGACUGGCUUGUUCUUCCUCACGCUACCUCUAUGAUCACCAAACUUUAUUGAUCACAUGCCCCUUGAAGAAGAAAAACAAGCAGAGCCCCUCCCAUGCAGAUAUAUUCAUUUAGCUAGCAUAUACAUAUAAUAAAAACAUACAGAUGGUAGAAAUUUAAAACAAGAUCAAUAAACAAAAAGGAAUCCCAACAUUUAUUCCCAAACCUCAAAGGAUCUCCUGUGCACCCCACUUUGGACACCAUGCUUUAGAUAAAAUGCUCAAAAACACUGCCUAUUAUUGGAGUAGAAAUUCCUACAGAAGAGAGUUCAGUCUUCUGGAGAUUAAAUGUUCAAUUGGUGUACUCUGAGUUCUUUUUGUUUAGGAACACACCUUUUGAAGAACUAAGUUCCUGGACCCCAGUCCAUGUUACCCUGGGCAGCGCCCAAGUCCUCAAAGGAGAGGAAGGGGGUAAAGCCCUUUUCCUAAGUGGUUAAUGAGAGCAGUUCUCCCUCUGAAUGCUAAAAUGAUUGAGGGAACGAGGCAAACCAAUUUGUUCUGUGCAACAAACUCAAAAUCUGGACCAGUUCCCUCAGCCCUCAUUAAACUAAUUAAACUGAUCAGUAUUACGCUCCUACCCCAGGAUGAACUGAAGCUGAGUCAAGUUGAUGAGGUUAAGCACAACCAUGUUCUUGAGCAGCUGAGUCGGCCGCCAGAAGUCCAAGCCAUCUGGCCAAACAUAUGCCCUGGGCACUGGGUGAGGGAAUCCAGAAGCAACAGCUAGAAAGAGAAAAAGACCCUUUUCAGCCCCCUGAUGAUUCUUUCCUUUUAAUGUCUCAAAAUAAAACCAGAAAGGGGAAUGAAAUGAUUGAGUGCUUGAGGCCAGAUGAGUUCCCUUGAUUCCAAUAACCCAGAAUCAGAGGCAGAGACCUCCCAAUGCCUUGGGUUCAAUCAGGUUUGCUCUGUCUCUCCCUGCUCUCUUGCUCACUCACCCCCAGGCACUAUGGUUUUGUUUGUGGGUCCAGGAGGCUGGAUAGGAGAAGAAAUAGACAUGAGUUUUCGUAGAAAACACCACUGAACACACCUCUUUAUGCCCAAGCCCCACGUCUCUCAAAAUGUCCUGAAAUGUAUAGGUUGUUUUAGGGUUACUUUGUGUGCUUUAAAAAAAAAACCCGUUUAUGCAAUUUACUUGGAAUUCGCUUAGUCCUCAACAGGCCUGUGUUAUUUCCUACUCUUCUAGUACAAUAAAUUAAAAACAAAAUGUGGAUGACCUGGGGUGUGUGUCUAUGAGCGCCACAGUCCGCAGACAGUGAAGAGACCAUUUGCAGAAAAGGGUGCUGGGGAAUGAGAAAUACACAAACACACACACAUUCAUGUUAGAAAACAAAAUGUAGGAGAAUGGAACAAAGACUUUAGAGUGCCACAUUUGAGAUCUGUGUGACCUUGGGCAAGUCAUUUGAUCUCCUUGAGCCUUAGUCUUACCCUCUGUAAAAUAAAGACUAAUAGUGCCAACUUUGUAAGGUGGAUGUGAGGAUUAGAUGCAAUCAUAGGCACGAAGCUCCUGAUACAUAGUAUGUGCUCAGUAAAUGAGGGUUUCCUUUCCUAUGUUGUCUCAAGGGACAGUGGCAAAGCUCAAGCAUCCAGCAACCCAGUGGGGAGAGCAGGGAGGGUUCUGCAGAGGAAGGCUGAGCCCUGCCUAACUCCCAGGGGCUGUCUCCUAUGCUGGGUGACCCGGUGGGAAGCAGAAAUGUUCCUAGACAAAGGUGAAUGUGAUAGGGAUGAAGAACACUAGAGAAUAGGUGAUAGAACGUCCUUUGCUGAAAUGACAUCCUUCACUAAAUGACACUGAUGAGAUGUCUUUAAAGGAGACUGCGGCACCAGACCCCAUGGCUUCCAUUUGGCCACGGGCUUUCCGAAUGAUUUCAUAGAAAACACAGGGUCAGGGAGGUUUCAGUCAUUCCUUCAUUUGUUCAACAAAGUAUUCAUUGAAGGCCUACUAGGUGGUAGAACUUUUGCUAGGUGCUGGAAGUACAGGAAAAUAAAAUGCCUAGGGUCUCAGGUCUUGUGGAACUUGCAGUCUAGUGGGGGAGAUAAAUAAACAAGGAAACCAAAAUAUAAAUCUAAAAUUAAAAAUAAAAAUUUAAAUGAAUUAAAAAUGUUAAAUUUUAAUGAAAUCUAAAAUAGUGGUAACUGUUGGGAAGGAAACAAUUGGGACUUAGCAAUAGUAGGGGUAGUGGAGGAAUCUUCCUAAGGUAUUCAGGAAAUCCUUCUUGAGGAAUAUUCCAUUCUUGGCUCAGAGAGUCAGCAAGUUGAAAGGCACCUAAGGUGGGGAUUAUUUC